AUGAAAUCUUCUAAAUUCAAAAAUAAAGUCUGGACCUUUUUUAAAAAAAAUCCAGACAGUUCCGCCACUUGUAAACUCUGCAAUAAGAAUUUAAGGACAUCGGGUAAUACAUCAAACCUUCUAUGCCAUGUCGAGAACGUGCAUAAACAGACCUUACCACGAACUCAAUCGGACGAUAAUGAUGAAUGCUGUGCAGAAGUUAUUCCACAUUCGCUACCAAAACAACGAAAAAUUUAUGAAAUAAUUUCAACGCCAAAGGAUUCAUCAUCAACUGCUAAAACAACUGCUUUAUCUUCAGGUUCUAGUGAGGUAUAUGAGAUUAUAAAUCAAUCAGAACGUAGUAUACCUGAAUAUCCGUCUUCGUCAAGUACCACGUCAAUGUCCGGAAAUAAAACAAAAUAUCAAACGGCAAAUAAAUCCCUUUCCCAACCAAAUGUUAAGGACUUUUUCGAACAAGUUAAAAGCAUUUCUACUAAAGACGGCCGUAGGUCUAAAAAACUCACUGAAGCAAUUGUCAAUUUCAUUAUAAUGGACAAUAAGCCAUUUUACGCGGUGGAGGGAAAGGCAUUUUUACAACUUAUGAAAGAACUGGUUCCACUCUAUAAAGUUCCCAGCAGGGAGACAGUUAAAUUGCGCGUGGAUGAAAAAUAUGAAGCGUUGUCAUGUGCUUUUAAAGAAUAUAUUCGUAAAAGUGACACUUAUUGUCUAACUUAUGAUAUAUGGACGGAGCAAUUGAAAAACGAGUCGUUCAUGGGAGUAACAAUUCAUUUUUUAGACAAUUUGCAUCUGUUAAGUGGAACUUUAGGCCUUAUUGAGCUUUGCGAAAGUCACACAGCUGCUUAUUUAGGAGAAAAGUUGUCGCGACUUUUUAUAUAGUGGAACGUGGU